GUCAUAUUGUCAAAUUUCAACCAAUAUAUUGUAAAAUUAUAACUUAAACUUUGCAGCUCUGCAAACAAAAACUCGUGACCAAAGACGAUAACGAAGGGUGGUAAAGCUAAUGGCAUGGAUGCUAAUUCAUCAUCAUCAUUCAACCCAACCCCCUUCGGCUAAUCGCCAAUCCCUUAGCAACAAUCUCUAAACACAAGCCAGCCAAGCUUGGCCAAGCCAUCUGCCCUAACAACGCCCUAACAUUUGCCGAAUGCAGCCGAAUGCCCUAUGCAGUUUCAAGGAAGAUUGAUGCAGUUUCAUUUCAUUUUGUGCAUUUUGUUCGAAUUCGAGCAUCGAGCGGGAGCGGCUCUUUGGGUUUCGUUAAUCAAGGAGUAACAUAAUGUAAGUACCGUGAGUUUUUGUGACUAGCGGCCUGCAAGCAAGAGGAACCAAAUCUCAGUACUACCAGCAGCAAUGAAUAAUGUCGUGAAGUGGAGGAAAUCAUAGUGCCUUCAUCGCUUCAAAAUCCAUCUACUUUGAACAUGACCUGAGCUGUGGACGCUACCAUUUCAGACUCUCCUAUCUUCUCGCCAAAAUGUUCGUCUACUUGAGUAAGAAGAUUGCCAUUCCGAACAACACCAGAUUGAAUUGUCUUGCGUGGAAUUCAGAGCAAGACUGGAUAGCAGUAGGUGGUGAUAAUGGUUUGCUGAAAGUUCUCAAACUAGAUUCAGGAAAUGAAGGAAAAUCUAAAGGACUCGCUUCAGCGGCAAACUUAUCGAUGAAUCAAACGCUUGAAGGUCACAACGGAAGAGUUCAAGUUAUAACUUGGAACGAGCAGCAUCAAAAAUUGACAACAAGCGAUGAAAACGGUCUCAUAAUAGUUUGGAUGAUGUAUAAGGGCUCAUGGUACGAAGAGAUGAUUAACAAUCGGAAUAAAUCUGUUGUCAAAGGAAUGGCUUGGAAUACUGAUGGUCAGCGUAUAUGCAUCGUGUAUGAAGAUGGUGCAGUUAUUGUUGGCUCUGUGGACGGAAACAGAAUUUGGGGCAAAGAAUUGAAGAAAUCUGUCCUAGUCUCAGUGCAAUGGUCUCCUGACUCUAAAUAUCUUCUCUUUGGUCUUAGGAAUGGCGAACUUCACCUGUAUGACAAUCAGGGCGUUUUCUCAAUAAAGGUCGGCUCUAACAUUCCUUCUAUCACAACACUCUCUUCAUCAGUAACAGGGUUAGAUUGGUACAAUGGAAGGAAUGGCUGUAUUCCCGGAGCCCCGAGCCUUGCUGUGUGCUAUGCCUCAGGUCAAAUUGUUUUGAUGAGAGAUCAGUUUGAUUGUAACCCGAUAGUUGUCGAGACAGGAAUGCGGAUUGUUUUCUGCUCUUGGAAUCAUAACGGAACAAUCCUAGCCAUCACUGGAUCGACGGUUUUGGCAGACGAAGUAAAAGAAUCAAAUUUAGUUCAGUUUUUUAGCCCUUUUGGUGAACACUUAAGAAGCCUAAAGUUGCCCGGAAAGGAAAUUUCAUCUUGUGUCUGGGAAGGCAGAUCUUUAAGAAUUGCCAUGGCCAUCGAUUCAGCAAUCUAUUUUGCCAAUAUCCGGCCUGACUAUAGUUGGACCUACUUCAGUAAUACUCUAGUUUUUGCGUACACUUCUCCUGAAAAAUUGGGAGUAACGCUGACUUUCUGGGACACGAGAAAUAAUGAAACUUACUGCAUGCAAGUUCCAAAGCUUCUAGCCCUAUGCUCGUGGCAAGAUCAUUGCACUGUUGCGUCUAAAACGAAUGAAUCCGAAAACAGUUAUUUGCUCUCAGUUUGCAACACAAUCACCACCACCAUCGACUCAAAACACAUCGAAUUGGAGCCCCUUUGUGUUACAAUGAAUAGCAUGCAUGUGUUUGCAGCUUCUAGAACCCAUUUUUUAUUGUGGCACUACAUUACUCCCAGUUCACAGUCCAGUCUUGGUCGUUUUAUGGGUCCAAAAUCUCGGAAAGAGAGAGUAUACCAUGUUGAUGACACACCUUCAGGUGUUGCUGAAGUCAUCCAUGAUUUAGACCAGAACACCUCGCAGCAAGAUUACACCAAUACCAAGACAACCUCUGAUCCCAUCACUUGCAUUACCUGCAGCAACAAGUAUCUAGUCAUCGGUCGAGAAAGCGGAAUUCUGCAGUUCUAUUCUUUGCCACAAGUCAUUCUAAUCUACAAAUCUACCCUAUCAUCCAGGCCGCAGUCACUUUACUUAAAUUGUGAUUCUACACGAGUGGCUGUAGUAGACGUCACUGGUGUCCUGACAGUCAUAGGAGCUGAGAAAAACGCUGGCGGAGAAAUUGUCAAAGGCAUAGAAAGGCGAGAUGUGUGGGCAGUGUGUUGGGCAUCAGAUAAUCCCCAGCUCCUUGCCAUCAUGGAAAAGACGCGCAUGUACAUCAUACGUGGGAAUGAUCCAGAGGAGCCAAUUCUCACCUCUGCUUACAUAGCAUCUUUUAGGGAUCUUGAGAUAAAAGCAGUCCACCUAGACGAUCUGCUGCAAUCGCCGAACAGCCCAAGCCCAGCACACUUAGCAACUCUAGAAGUUAAGUGUCUCAGAGACACGAGAGAGUUACUAGAGAAAGUUGGAAUCAAAGAGGCGUCAGUUUUUAUUGAAGAAAAUCCGCAUCCUAGACUUUGGCGCCUCUUGGCAGAAGCAGCAAUUAAAAAACUAGACCUGGUAACAGCUGAAACAUCGUAUGUAAAAUGUAAGGACUAUGCUGGCAUUCAGCUUGUCAAGCAACUUUCCAACAUUCACAAAGAUGAAGUGAAACAUGCUAUUGUUGCGGCUCACUUCAACAAUUUUAAUGAAGCUGAGCAGUUAUUCUUAGAUGCUGAUCGAAGAGAAACUGCGAUGAAUCUACGGGAAAAGCUGGGUGAUUGGUUUCGCGUUCUAAAAUUGAUGAAAAUGGGUUCAGGUUGUUCAGACUCCCAAUAUCUUCGAAUCUAUAACGCAAUUGGUGAUAGUUUUGCUGACAAAAAUGAGUGGGAGUCGGCCAAGGAAUUUUAUGAAAAGGCUAACAACACCGAAAAGUUAGUUGUCUGUUAUCAGUUGCUAGAAGACUUUGGUGCUCUUGAGGCAUUCAUUAAAAAUCUAGAUGAGAGUGAUCCUCUACUAACCAGAAUCGGAGAAGUCUUUUUAACAUUCGGAAUGUGCGAUCAAGCAGUCAAAGCUUAUCUCAAAGCUGGUGCUGUGAAUGCAGCAGUUGAAGCUUGUGUUUCAUUGAACCAUUGGAAAGAAGGGAUUGACCUGGCCUCCCAUCAUGGCAUUUUACCGAAAAUUACAGGACUCUUAGAAGAUUAUGCUUCUGAACUCAUCACUCAGGGGUCAUCUUUAGAAGUCAUACAAUUAUACAGAAAAGCAGGAAGACUUCUUGACGCUGCUAAAUUGUUAUUUCAAAUUGCAGAGGACAAUCAGUCAGGCUUAGUCAAACCAAUUUUGCAGAAGAAAUUAUACGUUUUAGCCGCAAUUCUUGUCGAAGAACAUAGCAAAGGCUCUGUGGGCAGCUACAAAAAGCACUUAAUUAAUGACUCCGAAAUGAGUCUUCAUUUCAAGAUGGUGGAUGAUGCCUGGCAUGGUGCAGAAGCCUAUCAUUUUUUCAUGCUGGCCCAGCGGCAGCUCUUUGAGAACGAUUUCGAAUCUGCGAUGUUUACGGCCCUCAAUCUCAAAAACUAUGAUGAUCUUUUCCCUGCAGAACAGAUAUACUCUCUCAUUGCUUUGUGCAGCUUGUCGGCUAAGUGUUUCUCAAUAGCCUCAAGAGCUUUCAUCAAGCUUGAGUCUUUGAAUGCGGAGUAUGAGAAAAUUGCUUUUGAGAUUUUCACAAAGUAUCCACUCAAAGAUUCAUUACCUGUUAAGUUCAAAUGCAAUAGCUGCUCUACUGAUGUCUCUAUCUGGUCAAACAUUUGUGAAAACUGUCAUGAGCGGUAUAUUCCAUGCAUCUUAACAGGGCGUCGUCUGGAAAACAUCACGUUAGCAUGGGGAUGCAAACUUUGCAGACAUAGUGCUCAUCCAAAACACAUUCUAGCUGUCAGCAACUGUCCUCUGUGUCAUUCUCCUACAAGGUACUGAUUUUUGGUCCAGUCUGAAUAUUUUUUAUUAUUUUUCUAGUCUAACCUUCACGUGCGCCCCUCAAAUCGUUUCUGGUUAACUAAUUCCCACCAUUGAUGGCAGGUUUGGUGAUCCGAUGUUAGCAUUAAACGUAAUAUAAGAAUUUAAAAAUUUCAUGUCAAGUGACAAAGCGCUUUCAUAGUUUUCAUUUGAAGCAGGGUUCUGCCUUCCCCUUAAAUUUUAGGAACUACCUUGGCCAGAAAGAAAUUUCAAUUUUUAAAUUUUUUAAGAGCCCAAUUAACUUUUGCCAUAUUGGCAUGUGCGUCAUAAGCUACUGCUGCUUCAUGAUGGUGAGAUUGCAGAAAUCAGCGGAGAGCUUAAUCUUUUCUAAGGGCUGUGAUGGCUCAGCUCCACAACUUUUAGAAGCCAAAGCUGGAUUUUUAGGUACAUUUGGCGCGUAGUGCAUGGGAAAGGCAGAACACUCAUAUGAAGCUUGUUAAAAUCGUAGUCAAACUGUUUAACUGCAAAGAUAAGAACCAAUUUUUGGGAACGGAACAAAAAAUAAAUUAAAGAUCAUUUCAUGUGAAGAUCAAUUUAAGAUAGUUUAUGUGCUUAAAUUUUGAAAAGCCUUGGGGGCUUCAAGUAAAAUGCAGGUAAUUUAUCUACAAAAAUACUGGUUCCAGCUAAUCAUUUAUUGAAUAGUAAGUGACCAAAGGUCUCAUUUUUUCCUGUGAUUUCAUCAUUCCUCCAACAGGAAUUUUCCUAAAGCUUGUUCAGCAGCAAGUAUCUCUGAGGAGUCAUCAAGUGCUUUUGCUAUAUUUUACUUUUAUUUUUCAUAAACUGUGUAAUUAGUGUGCUUCUUCUUUGAUGUAGUGCACCCUUGUAUUAAUGAAACUAGUCUGUGAUAUUUUUCUGUCCAAACUUUACACCUGAGUGUGCAGUGUAGAGAAUACAACACUCCGAAUCUCAAAAACCUCUCAGGUCUCAAAGAAGACUGAUUAUUAAUUUAAUAUAAAAGGAAGAGCGUGAAUGAUGAUGUAAGAACUGGCAUGAACAUUCAAACCUCGAUUAUGUAAUUGAGUCUUUCUUUUUCACAUCUCUCUAAAGUUGCAAAAGUCUGUGUGAAAGUCUUUGCAGGUCUUUUGAGUCCCUAUGAACUAACUGUCUGCAUUCCAUUUUGAGAUUAUAUUGCUAUUUAGAACUCCUUGACUCUGUGCUUGAAAGAGACUUGCUCAAGAUUGGGCUUGACCCCCCCCCUCCCCCUUCUAAGACCCUGUUAGCCAAGCUCAGGCCACCUCCCCCUCCCGUAAGUGCCCCUUUUGUUGAAGUCAAAAUAGUAUCACAAGAGUGUAUCGUAUUAAUUCUAGUAAGUGAAAAUUCCUGUCAGAAUCUUGCAUCGCAAAUAUUGAACUCCUCUGACUGGUUUGUGCUUUUCUAUUUGAGAUAUUUGCUUUUGAAUAUUAUUUGAUGGCAGCUGAGUUAAGAAUACGGUGCAGUGUAUUAAAAGAAAUCAAUCAAUUUUGCAUCAUGUUGUUUCUACAUUGAGGAUGUGUGUUCGGUAGGCAUUCAAUCAAUGUGGAUGACUUUUUCCCCCUCUUUGAAAAUAUUAAGGGAUUUUGUGCCUUUCACUAUUGCUAUAUCUUGCGCAUUACUUUCAAUAUUUUAAACUGUCUCUAAUUAAAUUUCUCAUGUAACAUCUCGACUAUUGAGUAAUGCAGAAAAUAGGGAAGAAUCAUUGAUUUUAAUCUUUUUAUUCAUUGUUCAUCUCUUUAAAGAUAUUUUGUUGUGGAUUUUGACUAUAAGAUCAUUUGCUGAAGCACUACGUUCUAUCAGAGAAGACGACAUCUCUUAAGUGAAUGAUGACUGCAACAAUACACACUUUAGUAUCAUUAAAGGGUGGAAGUUGAAUUUACACAUGUAUCCAGCAGGAAGGAAGGUAUACACUUUAUAAUUAAGUGGUUAGAGGGUUAAUCAUCUGGUGUAAGAGUAAAAAUUUGCUCUCUCAGGGUGCAGUAGAGGAAAAUACCGUGUUGGUGGUCCUCGACAAAUGGAUCUGGAUCCGAAAGGGCUGCACAGCGACUCAAAAAAUGAUGGGCAGAAUCUUUCGGGGCUUAUAAACACACUCUGAGAUUAUCAGAUAUUUUCGGUACUUGUACGUUUUCAAUCGACUUCCGAAAGUGAAACUUGACCCGCGCUCUUCAUGGAGACGGAGCACCAAGAUGUUACACAUACAUGGAGUGUCAAUCUCAUUUAUACUAGUAGCCAAUCAAUCUGAAAUACUGCAUUGAUCCCAUUCCAGUAGCGCGCAAGCUUCUUGGUUGGGAUGACAAUGUAGCCUCAUCUCAUAUGCAGAGUACAUCUUGGUGAUGUAAUUCUCUACUGAGUCAAUGCUGAGGUCAGCGUGAAUAUCUGCGUUUCUCUCAUACCAUUUAGCUUUAACUAUGCUGCAUAAAAUUGUUUGACCUGCUCCUGUUUGAUGGAUCUUUCAACAUCUUUAAAUUUUAUGUAAAAAAAAGAAAAGAAAAAAAAAUGGUGAGAUAGCAACGAAACCAGAAAAAAUAAUGUAUCGAAUUAAAAAAAAAAAAAAUCAAGAGAGAAAUCUAAACUCUCCGAUGAGCACACGAAAAGAAUUAAAUCUACCUGUAAAACAUCCCAAUGAUAGCAAAGAAAUAAAAAUUUCAGGGAUCGGAAAAAAGCGCAGUGGCUUACUUUGCAGGGAGCUGCUUCACUGAAGACCUAGAGGUCUCAGUACAGUCUGCAAGCCCGCUUAUGAUCUUUGUAUAAAAUAGUCACGGACCCCAGAGAACGAUUUUGAUGGUUGUAAAUACAUGUCAUUGGAGAUAUUCUCUUUCUCUUCAUACCGGUUCCAGCCUCCUGAGUUUCAAAAACAUUAAGAUUUACGUAUAAAGAUUUGUAGGGCUUAAUCCUAUCAAGAGUCUUUUGAUCGAGCACUAUCCAUUCCAUAAAUUCGGAACCCAGUUGCUCGAAUAUAAAGGAAUGGUUUUGUAUGGAGACAAACCAUCUUCCUACUUGAGUUGUAAAGCUUUCGAUUUUUUUUUGGUCGCUAAUUUAUCGACGAAUUUUAAUGCAUAUUUAGGAUAAGGAGGUUUUAAUUUUCAAGGGUAGAUCUUAGCUAAACUGCAAACUAGCAAAAUCGUAGUCUGUCAUAUUUUUUUUUAUGAGGGUCAGGCGGUGUUUCAUGUCUUUCGAACACCGUCGAUCACACUCGUGAUCCGGAGUGGAUAAAGGUGACACUAUUGUUUCUAAUCGGUAAAAAUGUUUGCAAUAUACUAAUAGAUUUUUUACGAUUAUUUUGCAAAGGACAAACUUUAUUUCUUUACUUAAUACAAUUAAAGAGUUUUCUCGGAUCGCCUCGUAAAGUUGCUCCGGGUGGUUGACGAUAAAAAACCUCAGUUGUUUGAGGGGAUUCAUUACUGGUUUUUGUCUGCAAAACCAAUUAAUCGAAACGAAUGAUUAAAAAACUAAUUUGCAUGAAAUUGUUAACUGAGCCCGACUCGAUUAAUUGUCUAGAGGGGGAGCUUGAUUGGUUCCGGCAAGCUCGGGUCCUUUACUAAUAAACCAACCCCUUAAACAAUAAAUCGAACUGGACACACUUCCGAAUCUUACACUAUCACAUCUAAAAAGUCCCCAUUUUCCAACGCUUAAGUGGAUGCGUUUUGUUUAAUUUCCUGGAAGUGAUGAUUAUUUUAUCCAAAAUGGAUGGGUUCAUAAUCAACUCUAAAGUAUCCCUCAAAUUCGAUAAAGCCCGACUCGUAUCUUUUUGAGAAAUAUCUUGGCAAAAAUCUUUGAACCCUCCAAUGGCGUCAAACACGGUUUUGUAUUUAUUAUAAUAGGUACAAUUUUGAUAAGCGUGUCGGUAAAUAAAAAUACAACUGUCUGGCACCUCAAAACAAUCCAUAAGCAAAGGGUACAGAAUUGAUGCUGAAAGAAUUUUAAUAGAAUUAUCAUUAUCCCGUAAUGGUUGCGUACACCAAAUAAAUUGAUCGAAUACGAAACAGAAUAGUUUAAAACUAUCCGGCGGGAAAAUAUUCCGGAAGAAAUGAAUUUUUCCCUCCAAGUCAUACGUGCAAAAGUCAUCGCAUUGAUGCGAGAGCAUGUUGGAAGAAAAUUUUACUUCCUAUCGAUUAGUUCGAAAUUUUGGGUGGCUCUGAAUGAUCCAUUGUACUUCAUGUUUAGGGUUUUUUCGUAUAUAAUUUCGAGAUCUUCCUUUAAUUCCUUAAAAAUUUCAAAGUUCGUGGGUUGAUGGGGGACGGGGGGAUCGGAAUUGAUCAACCUGAGACGCGGUAGGUGUUGCCGCUUCUCGGGAAAAAGAGCUUGGAAAUUUGAAGCCUCCUCCAUAGCCAUUUGCGCUUUGUGCAAAGCGUCGUGAGCGUCUCGGUGGAGAUUUUGACGCUGCUCCUCAUGGGAAGUUUCCACGGCGCGACGCUUAGACUCAAAUUCCGUCUGCUUUUUUUCAAAAGCGCGUAACUCCGUCGCCGCGUCUAGUUUGAAUUCCCGCGUGAAAAGGGGAACUACCUCUGCAAAAAGUUGGGAUAACCGAGCUGAGGGACGGCGGGAGGACGGGUGAGGGGGGAAGGGGCCGGUCGUUGGUCGGGCGGAGUAGAAAAAUUUGUGCCAUCGGGCAACUGUAAGUGCCUCGCGUACGCGGCUAACUCGUUUAAGGCGCGGGGAAAAUGGAAAGUAAAAAGGGACCGAUGGAACUGGUGUUCGGCAUCGUAAUUAAUGGUCCAUUUCACGGGCUGGACGGGUCGCGCUCCGAGAUUUUUCCGACGACGUCGCUGAAGUGUGGCGCGGUUGACAUUUCGCGAGUUUUGACGCGGGCGGCGGUGGUGGCGAAGACGUUGACCGAAAACGGCACUCAACACCACGAACACCACAGCGCAGAAAAGGAACAUAAUUUAUUUUUAGAGUAUGUGUGGCGGGGACAAGAUGAGAAGAUAGACUGGUGGGGAUGCAUUUUUUAAACUGCAUUUUCAUGGACAAAUCAUCAUCUUCGUCAAAUAUUUCGGCAGAUAUUUUUCUCGCGAGGGAUAAUUGGAUUUUGGGAUCCGCGCGCGUAUCCCUUAAUUUUUUGGUAACUUUCGCGGCGAAGUCGGACAAAAUUUCAAAGUUCGUGGGUUGAUGGGGGACGGGGGGAUCGGGAUUGAUCAACCUGAGACGCGGUAGGUGUUGCCGCUUCUCGGGAAAAAGAGCUACAUGAAAUAGUCAACUGAGCGUCUCGAUUAAUUGUCUAGGGGGAGCUUGAUUGGUUUCGGCAAGCUCGGGUCCUUUAACAAUAAACCAACCCGUAACAAUAAAUAAAAUAUUAAAUAUUAAAUAAAUAAAUAAAUCGAACCGCUCAUACUUCCGAAGCUUACAGUGUCACACCUAAAAAUUCCCCAUUUUUCAACGUUUAAGUGGAUACGUUUUGUUUAAUUUCCUGGAAGUGAUGAUUAUUUUAUCCAAAAUGGAUGGUUUCAUAAUCAACUCUAAAGUAUCCCUCAAAUUCGAUAAAGCCCGACUCGUAUCUUUUUGAGAAAUAGCUUGGCAAAAAUCUUUGAACCCUCCAAGGGCGUCAAACACGGUUUUAUAUUUAUUAUAAUAGGUACAAUUUUGAUAAGCGUGUCGGUAAAUAAAAAUACAACUGUCUGGCACCUCAAAACAAUCCAUAAGCAGAGGGUACAGAAUUGAUGCUGAAGGAAUUUUAAUAGAAUUAUCAUUAUCCCGUAAUGGUUGCAUACACCAAAUGAAUUGAUCGAAUACGAAACAGAAUAGUUUAAAACUAUCAGGCGGGAAAAUAUUCCGGAAGAAAUGAAUUUUUUCCUCUAGGUCAUACGUACCAAAGUCAUUGCAUUGAUGCGAGAGCAUGUUGGAAGAACAUUUUACUUCCUAUCGAUUAGGUCGAAAUUUUGGGUGGCUCUGAAUGCUGCGUUGUAUUUGAUGUUGAGGGUUUUUUCGUAUAUAAUUUUUAGAUCUUCAUCCGUAAUUUUUUCUGCUAAAUACUUCGGUAGGAAAAGCUUUCGAGUCUCAUUUUUGUAGUUGAUGUGAGCCACUAUCAACGGCCUAAAUCUGGUGUUGACUCUCUUCGUAGUGUAUCAAACGCGUAAUAAUGACGGCAGUACAAAAGUAAAUUUUUGGCUAUUAUUUUGUAUAGACAAAAUUUUAUCUCUUCACUUAAUAUAAUCGGUGAGUUAGCUCGAACUGCCUCGAAAAGUUGCUCAGGAUUGUUUGAAAUGGCCUUAGGUAGGCCUUUGUUGGCAAGGUAGGAAUGUGUGGUAGGAAUUAAUAAUUGUUGUAGGAUAGAGGACGACACAUUGGAUGGGCAUAUAGUAUUUAAUAGUGAAAUUCAAACAAAUGCAGACAUGCAGUGACUGGUUCUCAUUUCUUUUCAAGAAAGUAUUGAUUCCAAGUGAUUAGAUUGGAACCCGGUUUUAAAAAAAAAAAACAUGCGCUACUUACCAAAAACAUUUACCGUCGCUUCCGCCGCUCUCAUCGCUCUUUCCGCAUUUUUAUGAUCACGUUUUCAACAUAAUGUUUUAACAUUGAUAGCAUAAUAUCUAGUUCUUUAUAAAAUCUGUUCAUAUUUUUGAAUUCUACUUCUGACUGCCAAUAUGGCGUAAUUAACCAUCUGUUUAUAACUAAUAAAUAUUCAUAAUCUAAGCAUUCACACAGUUCUUCAAAAAAAUCUAAAUUUUCAAAUUUUAAAAAACAAAAAGUUAUAUAACAAAAACCCGCUUUCACAUUACUAACAAACACACUUGAACUAACAUCUACUUUUUUUAAUUCUAUAUUAUUUUUGUACUCUUCACUUGUUACUGUUAAGUAAAAAUCGCGCAAAUGCCGCAGUCUAUGCGGCAUUUUUUCCGUAAAGCCGUAGAACUGAGGAAUUUUCUUCUGAGGAAAAACAGGUAAGUUAAAUCUCAUUUCUGAUGAUUCGACUUCCAACGUAAAAAAACUGAAUUAAAAGGUAAGCCAUCUAAUGUUAAAGACUACCUAAGAAUUAAGAAUAUGAUGAAACAAUUUUACAAGGAAAAAUAUCCUUGUAAACAUAUUAUUCAAAAAGAAAAGGAGAAAGAUAUUAAGCUUAAAAUGAAAACACAAAAGCGUGAGAUUAGUGAAAUUUAAACAAAUGCAGACGUGCAGUGACUGGCUCUCAUUUUCCAACAAACUAUAGAUUCCAAGUGAUUAGAUUAUUUCCACUCACCAAAAAAAAACAUUCAUCGGAGCGCCCUUCCUUCACGUAUAUCUAAUGCACUUUCAACGUCAAUUUUUAACUAUGAAAACAUGGUGUCCAACUCUUCACCUAGUCCAUCCAUAUUUUUAAAAAUAAAAAGUCUCCUCCAAAAUAGCGAUAACAAAAUGAAAUUAAUGUCUCUUAAAAAUUUACUACUAACACAUUCAAAUAGUUCAUACUCUAACCUACCACUAAAAGUAACUUUAAUAUAAGAUAAAUAACAAAACCAGGACUCUAAAUUGUUAUAAUAUGAAUCGUAAAUGUCAAUAUGUCUUAAGGUAACAUGAUUUAAAUAUUCUUCAAUGGACAUAGAACUAAAUAAAUGGAAUAAACGGGGGAAUCUCUCUGACGACAUUUUUUAAUAAAAAAGAAAAAACUGAGGGCUUUUCUUGGGUGAAUUUUCUUAUAUACUCCCAUUAUUCCUGUAUGUUUGCGUGUUUUUUACUCUAUGGAAACCAAGAUUUAAGAUCGCGUACCUUUAAGAGUAAAAAAAUCACUUUUUCUUCAUUUGACAGCCUUACCGCCUUCUCACAUUAUUAUAGUGCGAGAAUUACUCAUAAUCACGCAGCGCUGCACUAAGAGUGCAAUUACUUACUCUUCUAUGCGCCACGAGUUGGUGAGAAGCUCGUCGAGCGUAAUACGAAUGUGAAUACAUUUCUUUUUUUCCAUUGGUACUCGUACUGGUUUCUUACACAUGGCUUCAAUAAUGCGUUUUGCUAUCCGUGUUCUUCUUUUUAAUAAGACCUGAAAAUUGUAGUAAUUCGACUCGAACGUACGGAUAUACCCGGUGCAUCCUUUAGUGGUGAAUGUGUUAAAAUUUCCAAUUCAGUCCAAUGCCAUGCAGUUCUCUCUGAACUCCUCGAUCCUCCUGUCCUCCCCUCCAAAUUUCACGCCUCAAAUCCUCCGAUGGGGUGAGAAGACAUGAGACACCAAAAAAUUGAUCGAUAAUGAAGAUUAACAAAUCGAAAUCCUCCCCUGACAUGAUAUUUUUAAUCAACCUCAAGCAACGCUUGAGAUCCUUGAUACAUUUUUUAUUACAUUCGUGGUUUGGUAUUGAUAACGGGGAAUCAAGUUUUUCAUUCCCAUAAAAAUGGGAGGUUGCUAGAAAUAAAUGUUUAACAAUGAUCUUAUAAAAACAGAAUCUAACUUCUUUGCUAAGGUUUAACGGUGAAUCUCUUCGCACUGCUUCGCCGAGUUGUUCAGGGUUAUUCGCUAGGAAAUGCCGCAAGUCUUUCACGAUGCUUGAAAGAGACGUUUACUUUUUAUUUUCCUGGAAACAAAGGAUUCAAGAAUAAAAAUUCCGUGGAUAUAAAAUUCUAAACGACGCGCGUGUUACGAAGAUGGAUGUAUGUUUUUUGAGGUUCCCUUACUACGGUACAUAGAGGACGGAUUAUGGUUUUCGCGAUAUGUCUCCUCCUUUUUAAUAGAUAUUGAAAACGUUGGAAUCCCGGAUCAAACAUACGAACGUAGCCGCGGUAACCGUUGAUGGUGAAGGGGCCAAAAUCACCGACGACUUCCAAUGUUUUACAGUUCUCGCUAUAAUUAAAACUCAAUCUGUUUUCUCCAUUGAAGAAUGUAUUUAUUCCAUUUCUUAAUGUUUCGGAGGUGGCCAUCCGACACGACACUCCCAAGAAUUGGUCAAGGACAAAAAUUAACAAUUGAUAUUUUUCUCGCGAGGAUUAAUUGGAUUUUGGGAUCCGCGCUCGUAUCCCUUAAUUUUUUGGUAACUUUCGCGGCGAAGUCGGACUAAAUUUCAAAGUUCGUGGGUUGAUGAGGGACGGGGGGGUCGGGAUUGAUCAACCUGAGACGCGGUAGGUGUUGCCGCUUCUCGGGAAAAAGAGCUUGGAAAUUUGAAGCCUCCUCCAUAGCCAUUUGCGCUUUAUGCAAAGCGUCGCGAGCGUCUCGGUGGAGAUUUUGACGCUGCUCCUCAUGGGAAGUUUCCACGGCGCGACGCUUAGACUCAAAUUCCGUCUGCUUUUUUUCAAAAGCGCGUAACUCCGUCGCCGCGUCUAGUUUGAAUUCCCGCGUGAAAAGGGGAACUACCCCUGCAAAAAGUUGGGAUAACCGAGCUGAGGGACGGGGGGAGGACGGGGCGAGGGGGGAAGGGGCCGGUCGUUGGUCGGGCGGAGUAGAAAAAUUUGUGCCAUCGGGCAACUGUCCGUGCCUCGCGUACGCGGCUAACUCGUUUAAGGCGCGGGGAAAAUGGAAAGUAAAAAGGGACCGAUGAAACUGGUGUUCGGCAUCGUAAUUAAUGGUCCAUUUCGUGGUUUGGUACUGAUAAUGGGGAAUCAAGUUUUUCAUUCCCAUAAAAAUGGGAGGUUGCUUUAAAUAAAUGUUUAACAAUGAUCUUAUAAAAACAGAAUUUAACUUCUUUGCUAAGGUUUAACGGUGAAUCUCUUCGCACUGCUUCGCCGAGUUGUUCAGGGUUAUUCGCUAGGAAAUGCCGCUAGUCUUUCACGAUGCUUGAAAGAGACAUUUAAUUUUUAUUUUUCCUGGAAACAAAGGAUUCAAGAAUAAAAAUUCAGUUUAUACAAGUAGUAUCCGGUGAUAGCUUCGAUUAAAUGUUUAUUUUCGAUUAGAUGUUUUUUUUUCUGAACUUCAGAACAUUUUAGAUGAAAAACCUGUCUGCAGUCAGAUGAGCAAAGCUGAUGUAGAUAAUAAUACUUAGUUAGGUAAUUGAGUGCAAAGCAGUGAAUUAGAUGGAUUCUUAAUUCUGGAUUUAAGUUUUGAAGGCUUAAGAGAUCGUAAAUUGCAGCUACUGAAAGAGAGUAAGCAGCAGUAUGCGCAAGACAUAGCCUUUCAUUCAUCUCCGCUUUUUUCUUUUAUCACUGAACAUACGAAAUGUAAUUUCAGUGGAAAAGUACAGUAGUUAAGUUAAAUGUUGUCCGAUUGGGCGAAAAAAGUUUCCGUUUCAUAGAAAUGUCUUCUUAGUCAUUUAAUAAAAAUGAAUACUUUUUACGACAAAUCAAUCAACGUUCAUUUAACCAAUGAUCUUCUUUUCUUUGAAUCAUACAUUUUGUAUUUUUCAAAGAUAAAAGACCCUAGUUGAUUGAUAAAUCUAAAAAAAAGUUUUAUAUUCGUAAAAAUAUAAUGACUUUUUUUUAGUUUCAUUAGACAGCGUUGAAUAUAUUUAAAGGGGAGGGUGUUCACACAAUAGGGUUGGGUUAAAUAAAUCCAACCUAAUAUCUUACAUGCAUUGGCCCUUGUACAAUUACCGUGUUUUUUCAAGCAUGUUUUCGCCCCCACUAUUUUUUUAAGAGAUGGACAACCUUCAUCCUCCACAUAUAAAAUGUUUUUAUUGAUAUAUUUCAAGAGCCAGAGUUUCUUCUGAAACCCUCUAACGUAGAAAAUAUUAAAUUGAGCCGGUAUUUCAUGAAAAAUUUUCGGAAUUUUGUAGUAUGGGAUAUCUCCGUCUUCCCACAUAAGCCCGUAAUGGAGGUUGGUUAACCAGCUGUUCUGUUUGAAACAUUGAAAUUCAUUCAUCGGUGGCUCAAAGAAAAAUGUUUGCUCAACUGACUCAUCCGAGGAGAGGAUCGUAACCUCUCUAAAAAAAAUUCAUUUUCAUUCGAAAAUAGUCCUUGGACAUCAAUGACUGCAGAUGCUAACACGGAAACAGAGAUGAUAGAUGAUGAGACUCUCUCCCUUUUCUUUGGUCUUAUGACGUUCCUAUUAUUCUCGAGGUUUCACGGUGAAUUUGUAUGAUUUGAAAUGUGGGCCAAUACAGAUGAGAUCGUGAGGUUUUUUAUUGAUUUUUGCGAUGUAUUCAUCUGACAAUUUGGCAUAUUCUUUCGGAAGGUAAAUAAAGCAAUCUUUCCCUUUCCUCUGAAACCAUGCCAUUAAUUGGAUGCCGAAUUUCGUCUCUCUCUUCUCCAUUUUUUUCAACUGAUAUUUUUUUCCCGAUUCCAGAUCAGCACCGCUAACGCGAGUGGGAAAUUCGGGAACCGGUAGUUGUACCUCCUUAAAAGAGUCGUAUGAUUCGGGGUUUUUUUUCGAUGGUACAGAAGUGCGUCGUUUUUUGGGGGUCGGCAAGACUACAUUCUCAAAACUUUGAGAAUUUUUGAAAACUGGGGACUGAGCAGCCAUUUGUUUAUUUUCCUGUAAAUGAAAGAAAGAAAAGAAAAACCACUUUCGUUACAUGGAUGACUCAUGACGCAGUUAUGAGUAGAAUUGACUGAUAUGCUUCUAUUCAUCGUCACUAUCAUAGUUUACUAAAUCUUAAUGGCCAUGCGGGAGGCUUUCUACAGAAUUACUCAUAAAUCGUUUGUCAUCAGAGGAGCUUAGAGCCUUUUUUCUCACUUCGAAAGAGUACUGGUGAAGUUUUUUACUUUGAAUCCUGCAAGUUACACAAUCGACUUCUCGAUUUUCAAAUACAACUUUCAUAAAUCGAAAUUGAAAGUUUUUUGGACUACGCUCGUCUGUACUCCUUUACAUUUCAUAUAGGAUUUCUAUUUCUUAUCAUCAUUAUCCAUAUUUUUUUUCCUUUUUGCAAGAAAAGCGUACAUUUUACUCAUUAGGCAAACCCACUCGGAUAUAAUCAUGUUAGGAGGACAUUCAUCUUCGAAUUUGCCUAAAACUUUUUCGUUUGCCCUACUAAAGUUGAUAUGGUCCGUUGGAAAGUUGGAAGUAUCAUACAAUUCCCUUUCAUCCAAAAUAUCCUUACAAAUAUCCUCUGUAAAGACAAGAACAGCAUAGGCAAGUCUAUGUAAAUGAGCUUAAUGUUGGGACCAUAAUUCUUGAAAAAGAAUCUCAUAAAAGAAUUCGUACAUGUAUCGCUUACUGUACGCUACUGCCGGGCAAGGAGUGAGCCUCACCGUGUGAGGUUUUGAAGUGGUCGAGGGUUGAAGAUGAGCCGUACGUGGCUUGACGGAGGUUGAGUCGACGAGCGACGAGCCGUACGUGGCUGGACGAAGGUGGAAACGAGCGUCGAGGGGUGGAAUCACGAAAGAGUGUUAAGGAGGGGUUGAAAUCUGAACUGCGAUCCAAGCAGCGGCUAAACGGCGUUUUACAGUGCGACGACGGACGCCCAAGGGUUGAUCUGUCUGCGCAGUUAUAGGGAUGUAAAUGAGAGAAAGAAUCUUGGGCAAUCCAUACGGCAGACAGAUGAACCGUGCUUGGUGCCCUCUGAUAAGGUUAACGGGAUAGAGGGCGACGCGGGGAGCUCUCCACCACAUAUCGGGGUUGAGAUGGAGAAAACGAGAAAAAUCCGAGAUACGGAAAUGAAAUACAAUAUAAUCAUGGCUCAAGAAAUAUGCACAAAUAUGGACAAUGAAAAGCAAAAACUGAAUAUGACAAAAAAAGCACAGAACCAAGUCUCGAAAUGGCUAAAAAAAUAAUAGCCGGAGAAAAUAAUGUGGAUCUCGCUCUGUAAUCGCUGCGAGAGUGAAGUUCAUCCCCGUUCUUCGGGCCUUCCGGACUCUCUUUUCAACAAACUAUUUCACUUACCACGGCGACUCCCUCCUCUUCUUGAUCCUUUCUUGUGCGUACAGCCUUUCUCUCUGGGCAUCCACAAGCAUGUUGAUCACAUCCUUCAGAGAGUCUCCUAGAGCCAAGUCGUGCGCCUUGUAGAUUCCAAGUGAUAAGAUUAUUUCCACUCACCAAAAAAAAUAUUCACCGGAGCGCCCUUCCUUCCCGUACAGCUAACACACGCUCAACAUCAUUUUUUAAUAAACAAAACAUAUUGUCUAGUUCUUCAUCUAGUCCCUCCAUAUUUUUAAAGUAAAAAAUUCUUCUCCAAAAUAGAGAUAAUAAAAUGUAAUUAAUGUUUUUUAAAAUACCAGUAUUUACACACUCAAAUAAUUCAUAUUCUAAACUACCACUAAAUGUAACUUUAAUAUAGGAUAAAUAACAAAACCAUACUUUUAAAUUAUUAUAAUAAGAGUCAUAAGUCUCAAUAUGUCUUAACUUUACAUAAUUCAAAUAUUCUUCGUUUGAUAAAGAAUUGAACAAAUUUCCGGCCUUCCGGACUCUCUUUUCGCAUCCCUCGUGUGAUGCGGGCCCUGGGAAAGGGACGGCAACGCUAAAAGAAUGAAAUGAGAAACACAGAGUGCUAGUGCAAACGGAUCUCCGAACAACCUCGGCCCGGACACACAGGGGUUGAAACCGUGAAGAUGUCGAAAUCUGAGGUGAGAUAAGAUCCCAUCGAUCAGUUGCAUCGGGCCUAAAUAUGCGAUGGUCCAGCCCGAGGGCUGGUAGAGUCCAGCGCAUAUUUAGACCGGUGCUAAUGAGCGAUGAGUAGUGGGUGAUGCUAUGCCAAGUGGUGCAUGAUAAUGCCCUUAUGCAUCACAAGUCUGGGAGGCCCCAAAGUGCGGCGCCCUCGCCGCAGCCGUCUUCGUUCCAUGUAUCGUAAAAAUUGAAGCCUAAAAUGAAGUUUUUACUAAGUUGGUUUUUACAUAUGAGGAUUUACAGGGAAUUUUUCCCAAUUCUGAAAUUUACAAAAAAUUCAAAAAUUUUCUUUUUGAAAAAAAAAUUGAUUAAUAAAAUGAUAUGCCUUCACCUAGAAAAAUAACGCGUGAGCCUAAGCGAUUUUUCCUGAAAUUUACAAGUAUAAUAAUUCUAACAUUUUCUAGAAUAAUUUUGAUUAAUAAAAUGAAGAUCAGAAUAGUUGAAAAAUAGUUAUUCGGGAGUAUGUAUGCCUUCACCAAAGAGGAAUAUAGUUAAUUUAUGAGCCUAAGCGGUUGAUGAGAUUAUAUUAAUUCCGCCGGCUGUGCUAGUUCAAAAUUUAAGUUCUCCUCCUGUUGACCGAUUUGUGAGAAUCUAAUUAUUCUCGGUCGAGAAGUUUGAUUAGGUUUCUUAUUUCGCAAGUAUAGGUAGGUUAUGACUGUACCUAAAAUCAAUGUUAGGAGAAAGAUAAUUAUGGUGAACCAAGUAUAAGAAUAGGUCCUAGCGCUUUCUGCUGUGAGCGGAAAGGAUCGCAAUUUUCUUUUAAUCUCAUCUAUUGUUAAACCGUCAGGUAAGGCUGAUUCUAGGCUUUUUGUAGAAUGGCCGUUAGCUCUCUCUUAAAUUUCUCAUCGUUGGAGGAAAAGAACUUUAAAUUCGUAGACCUCCGCACAGGUCUUUUCGGGAAUUUUUUCGUUGAGAGUCGGGACUCUCGAGAUUCUUCUCAACGGGAGAAAGAAUCGGGAUUCUUCUCAACGGGAGAAGAGAUCGGGGGCGUUGGUAGCGAAACGCCGCUGCCACCAGUUGUGAUGCGGGCCCUGGGAAAGGGUCGGCAACGCUAAAAGAAUGAAAUGAGAAACACAGAGUGCUAGUGCAAACGGAACUCCGAACAACCUCGGCCCGGACACACAAGGGUUGAAACCGUGAAGAUGUCGAAAUCUGAGGUGAGAUAAGAUCCCAUCGAUCAGUUGCAUCGGGCCUAAAUAUGCGAUGGUCCAGCCCGAGGGCUGGUAGAGUCCAGCGCAUAUUUAGACCGGUGCUAAUGAGCGAUGAGUAGUGGGUGAUGCUAUGCCAAGUGGUGCAUGAUAAUGCCCUUAUGCAUCACACCUCGUUCCACUUUCGUCGGUCAACCCCCCAUUGGUUGAUCUUGGUCAGGGAGAGGGAUACUGCGACAUGGCGUUGCGACUUCUUGCGGCUUUUGCCCGGCUGAUAUGGUGUUGUUGCAAGGACGCUACUUCUGACUGGUCAGUCUUAGCUGACCCUUGUGGCCCCCGUAGCUAGGAAAAGCCUAAAAAGGCUCUCAAAGCCCCCCGCGGUUCCGGGAGCGUGAACGCUCGGUGCAGCGGGCGGUGAUAAUGGUCCAUAAAAAAAGGCCUUCACUCCCACAAAGUCACCGGAGGUGCGACGCAGGUCCCGGCCAUUGCGUGGAGCUCGCGGUCCACGCGGUUGCGUCGCCUGUGCUGCGCCGUCGCCGCGAGAGGAAGGGACAGGGGUGGUUAGGCCUAACGUCAGUGACUACAUAUCUCCCUCUCUCGCGCACGAUCAGGCCGCUGCUAUCUCUAUCCUCGGUUUGGAAGGACAUGAAACAAUCCUAGGGAACACAGGACUAUGCGAUGUUGCAGUGUUGUCAUUUAACCAUAUCACCACCACCACCCCCCCCCCCAACUGUUGUUUACUUUCCUGGAAGUGAUGAUUAUUUUAUCCAAAAUGGAUGGGUUCAUAAUCUCCCUCUCGCUUCCUUCGGGUUUCAGCUAACGCAUAUUCAACACCAAUUUUUAAUAAAGAAAACAUACUGUCUAGCGCUUUAUCGAGGCCCUCCAUAUUUUUUCAUAAAAAUUAACAGGUUAAAAUCGUAGUCCGUCAUAUUUUUUUUUAUGAGGGUCAGGCGGUGUUUCAUGUCUUUCGAACACCGUUGAUCACACUCGUGAUCCGGAGUGGAUAAAGGUGACACUAUUGUUUCAAAUCGGUAAAAAUGUUUGCAAUAUAUAAAUAGAUUUUUUACGAUUAUUUUGCAAAGGACAAACUUUAUUUCUUUACUUAAUACAAUUAAAGAGUUUUCUCGGAUCGCCUCGUAAAGUUGCUCCGGGUGGUUGACGAUAAAAAACCUCAGUUGUUUGAGGGGAUUCAUUACUGGUUUUUGUCUGCAAAACCAAUUAAUCGAAACGAAUGAUUAAAAAACUAAUUUGCAUGAAAUUGUUAACUGAGCCCGACUCGAUUAAUUGUCUAGAGGGGGGGCUUGAUUGGUUCCGGCAAGCUCGGGUCCUUUACUAAUAAACCAACCCCUUAAACAAUAAAUCGAACCGGACACACUUCCGAAUCUUACACUAUCACAUCUAAAAAGUCCCCAUUUUCCAACGCUUAAGUGGAUGCGUUUUGUUUAAUUUCCUGGAAGUGAUGAUUAUUUUAUCCAAAAUGGAUGGGUUCAUAAUCAACUCUAAAGUAUCCCUCAAAUUCGAUAAAGCCCGACUCGUAUCUUUUUGAGAAAUAUCUUGGCAAAAAUCUUUGAACCCUCCAAGGGCGUCAAACACGGUUUUAUAUUUAUUAUAAUAGGUACAAUUUUGAUAAGCGUGUCGGUAAAUAAAAUUAUAACUGUCUGGCACCUCAAAACAAUCCAUAAGCAGAGGGUACAGAAUUGAUGCUGAAAGAAUUUCAAUAGAAUUAUUAUUAUCCCAUAAUGGUUGUAUAGACCAAAUAAAUUCAUCGAAUACGAAACAGAAUAGUUUAAAACUAUCCGGCGGGAAAAUAUUCCGGAAGAUAUGAAUUUUUUCCUCCAGGUCAUACGUACUAAAGUCAUUGCAUUGAUGCGAGAGCAUGUUGGAAGAACAUUUUACUCUCUAUCGAUUAGUUCAAAAUUGUGGGUGGCUCUGAAUGCUCCGUUGUAUUUGAUGUUUAGCUUUUUCUUGUAUAUAAUUUUUAGAUCUUCCUUUAAUUCCUUAAAGGAUUUAAGAAUAAAAAUUCAGUACAUAUAAAAUUCUAAACGACGCGCAGGUAAUUCGAGGGGCGAAAGAUUAUUGUCACGAUUCGCGGAGGGAACCGCAUAUGGCGGGGCGUGAUUGCUGGGUCCAGCUCCGGUAGCAUCGAAAAACUCAAGGCGACGGGAGAGAAUGGACAAAUCAUCAUCUUCGUUAAAUAUUUCGGCCGAUAUUUUUCUCGCGAGGAAUAAUUGGAUUUUGGGAUCCGCGCGCGUAUCCCUUAAUUUUUUGGUAACUUUCGCGGCGAAGUCGGACCAAAUUUCAAAGUUCGUGGGUUGAUGGGGGACGGGGGGAUCGGGAUUGAUCAACCUGAGACGCGGUAGGUGUUGCCGCUUCUCGGGAAAAAGAGCUUGGAAAUUCGAAGCCUCCUCCAUAGCCUGUUGCGCUUUGUGCAAAGCGUCGCGAGCGUCUCGGUGGAGAUUUUGACGCUGCUCCUCAAGGGAAGUUUCCACGGCGCGACGCUUAGACUCAAAUUGCGUCUGCUUUUUUUCAAAAGCGCAUUACUCCGUCGCCGCGUCUAGUUUGAAUUCCCGCGUGAAAAGGGGAACUACCUCUGCAAAAAGUUGGGAUAACCGAGCUGAGGGACGGCGGGAUGACGGGGCGAGGGGGAAGGGGCCGGUCGUUGGUCGGGCGGAGUAGAAAAAUGUGUGCCAUCGGGCAACUGUCCGUGCCUCGCGAACGCGGCUAACUCGUUUGAGGCGCGGGGAAAAUGGAAAGUAAAAUGGGACCGAUGAAACUGGUGUUCGGCAUCGUAAUUAAUGGUCCAUUUCGUGGUUUGGUAUUGAUUACGGGGAAUCAAGUUUUUGAUUCCCAUAAAACUGGGAGGUUGCUAUAAAUAAAUGUUUAACAAUGAUCUUAUAAAAACAGAAUUUAACUUCUUUGCUAAGGUUUAACGGUGAAUCUCUUCGCACUGCUUCGCCGAGUUGUUCAGGGUUAUUCGCUAGGAAAUGCCGCAAGUCUUUCACGAUACUUGAAAGAGACAUUUAAUUUUUAUUUUUCCUGGAAACAAAGGAUUCAAGAAUAAAAAUUCAGUUUAUACAAGUAGUAUCCGGUGAUAGCUUCGAUCAAAUGUUUAUUUUCGAUUGGAUGUUUGUUUUCCUAACUUUAGAACAUUUUAGAUGAAAAACCUGUCUGCAGUCAGAUGAGCAAAUCUGAUGUAGAUAAUAAUACUUAGUUAGGUAAUUGAGUGCAAAGCAGUGAAUUAGAUGGAUUCUUAAUUCUGGAUUUAAGUUUUGAAGGCUUAAGAGAUCGUAAAUUGCAGCUACUGAAAGAGAGUAAGCAGCAGUAUGCGCAAGACAUAGCCUUUCAUUCAUCUCCGCUUUUACUUCCUAUCGACUAAUUCAAAAUUUUGCGUGGCCCUGAAUGCUCCGUUUUACUUUAUGUUGAGGGUUUUUUCGUAUAUAAUUUUUAAGUCUUCAUCCUUAAUUUUUUCUGCUAAAUACUUCGGCAGGAAAAUCUUUCGCGCGAGUCUCGUUGUUGUAUUUGAUGCGAGCCACUAUCGACGGCCUAAAUCUGGUGUUGACUCUCUUCGUGGUGUAUCAAACGCGUAACAAUGACGGCAGUACAAAAGUAAAUUUUUGGCUAUUAUUUUGUAUAGACAAAAUUUUAUCUCUUCACUUAAUAUAGUCGGUGAGUUAGCUCGAACUGCCUCGAAAAGUUGCUCAGGAUUGUUUGAAAUGGCCUUAGGUAGGCCUUUGUUGGCAAGGUAGGAAUGUGUGGUAGGAAUUAAUAAUUGUUGUAAGAUAGAGGACGACACAUUGGAUGGGCAUAUAGUGUUUAAUAGUGAAAUUCAAACAAAUGCAGACAUACAGUGACUGGUUCUCAUUUCUUUUCAAGAAAGUAUUGAUUCCAAGUGAUUAGAUUGGAACCCGAUUUUUAAAAAAAAAACAUGCGCUACUUACCAAAAACAUUUACCGUCGCUCCCGCCGCUCUCGUCGCUCUUUCCGCAUUUUUAUGAUCACUUUUUCAACAUAAUGUUUUAACAUUGAUAGCAUAAUAUCUAGUUCUUUAUAAAAUCUGUUCAUAUUUUUGAAUUCUACUUCUGACUGCCAAUAUGGCGUAAUUAACCAUCUGUUUAUAACUAGUAAAUAUUCAUAAUCUAAGCAUUCACACAAUUUCUCAAAAAAAUCUAAAUUUUCAAAUUUUAAAAAACAAAAAGUUAUAUAACAAAACCCCGCUUUUACAUUACUAAGAAACACACUUGAAUUCACAUCAACUUUUUUUAAUUCUAUACUAUUUCUGUACUCUUCACUCGUUACUGUUAAGUAAAAAUCUUUGUUCUCAGUUCUCUCUUUGCGCAUUUUUAAUAUCACUUUGUCUAUAUGUGGUUUCAUUAUCCAUAACAUAAUAUCUAAGUCUUUGUACCAUUCACUCAUGUUUUUAAACUCUACUUCUAAUUGCCAAUAUGGCGUAAUUAACCAUCUGUUUAUAACUAAUAAAUAUUCAUAAUCUAAGCAUUCACACAGUUCUUCAAAAACAGCUAAAUCUUCAAAUUUUAAAAAACAAAAAGUUAAAUAACAAAAACCCGCAUAUACAUUACUCACAAACACACUUGAAUUAACAUCUACUUUUUUUAACUCUAUAUUAUUCUUAUAUUCUUCAACCGUUACUCCUAUGAAAAAAUCGCGUAAAUGCCGCAGUCUAUGCGGCAUUUUUUUCGCAAAACUAAGGGCUUUUCUUGGGUGAAUUUUCUUAUAUACUCCCAUUAUUCCUGUAUGUUUGCAUGUUUUUUUACUAUGGAAACCAAGAUUUAAGAUUGCGUACCUUUAAGAGUAAAAAAUUACUUUUUUCUUCAUUUGACGGCCUUACCGCCUUCUCACAUUAUUAUAGUGCGAGAAUUACUCAUAAUCACGCAGCGCUGCACUAAGAGUGCAAUUACUUACUCUUCUAUGCGUUAUAAUUCAUUAGUCUUCUUGGUUCUUGUUUCGAUGAAACAGAGAAAAAACAAAAUAAAAAAUGAAGAAUUACUCGUGUUAGAGAGGCUAAAUUUUGAAAUUGCUCUUAGUGUACGUGUAUUCUUUUUAUCAAAUUCUAGAGCUGAAAUUAAAAAUAAUUUCUUGAUCUGUAAAUCUGUAUUAUUCUCUCAUGUUCAUAGAUAUUUAGCCAUUUAAGAAUUGCUCAACCACCUGAAAAAAUACAACGAUUAUUUAUUGGUAUUCGUACUAUCAAAUUAUUACUCAAACCAGACACUUUUGUCCACGAUUUUUUAGAUUCUGAUAAUUUGCAUAAAUUGCGCCUACAAAUAUUUUAUCAACGGAAUGAUAAUCAUGUUUUAGAAUUAAAACCAGUCUCAAAUUUUAAAUUGACACCGGUUGAAUGUGAAAAAUAUCAAGAAGAGGGCGAAGAUUGCCAGUGGCCCUUUUAUUUUUAACUUUUUUAAACAUGCAUCUUUUGGGGCUAUCUUUUUUUAUUGCUCUAUUAUUUUUUCUGUGUGCAAGGUGUAGUACCGUCUUAAUGAAAAAACACAGGCAGCUUCCUAGAAUGAAAAGAGCACUUCGUUGGUUGGACCGUCUUCACUCCACCUAUGAAUUAGUGCAAGAUAAAAAAUAUGCAAAUUACGAUUUAAGUCAAUUACUUUUAGCAGAGCAACUUUUUAGCAGAGCAGCAACUUUUUAGCAGAGAUUUUGCAUAAAUAUUAACGUUCCUUUACCGGGUAAAUAUUGAAGAUAACAAAUCUAAAUUCAGUGUGGAAAUUUUUUGUGCACUCGUGGUUGGGUAUAGACAAUGGUGAAAUGAGUUUAUGAUCACCACAUAAAUGUGAGCCAUAAAUUUACAUGUCUCGAGCCAAAAUAGAGGAUUCUCAACAAGUUCCUGAAAAUUAGCAGUUGAGUUUCUUCGGCAAGUGUCGAUACCGACAGAGCGGUCGAAGCUUGCGGUAAAAAAUAGGUCCUCUCUGAGAAGUUCUGCAAAUUAGUCGAUAAGAAAUAAGAUACAUCAGUGAUCCAUCAUUCUUGACGCGUUCAUUCGUCAGAAUUUCGGACACAUUUUCAGUUACAAAAUAUCAUUCAUGCUGAAAGCAUGCAUACGUAUUUAGACAACUUCAAACACACAUUAUGGAAGAAGAGUAAUUGAUAAGGAAUACAAUAUGCACCGUUAAGUCAUUCGCAAACAAAAUAUACACCCGAAAACCGUAACUCAACGGAUAAAGGGGGGGGGGCGUUGACUCGUUAUCCGACGGGAAUCGUUUAAACAUGGCCACAGCUUUCUUAACUGCACAAUUUGCAUGACAAUAUGCGCAAUUUCUGAUAUCUUCCUCUUCUUGGGAUGUAUCCCAGUUACUGGACGCAGUUUCAAACUUUGAAUCAGGCAAUGACAAAGUUUGUCAAAGUGACAGGAGGAGGGGGUGUGAAUCUUGAUUUAACAUUGAUUGAUUUGUAACGGAGGAGAAGCUGUAGAGUUCUCUCAUCUUCAACGAACCAGCGUCUGCGUUCGUAAUCCCCUUGCUACGAUUUCAAAAAUCGUUGAAACAUGUUUGUACGGGACUGUGCCGUCCUCCCACGCGAGACCGAGCACUUAAUUACUGGUUCGUGAAACAGAUGUGCGAUCGAAAGGGGAAAGUUGAGGGUAUGGGUAGGGGGGAGGGGGGCGAAGGAGUCCAAAUAUGAAUGCUUUCCCCGUCACUACAAAUCGUAGCGAUUUCCUUAAAUACAAACUCCCUUCCUAGCUUGCGCCAGAGUUUGUAUUUUCUAAUUUUCAGCAAAAUAGUAAAAAACCGGAAAAAGGUCGAAGGGGGGCCGGGGGGGGGGCAACGUACAGGGAUUCUUGGGGACUUUAUGCUGGGAGUCUCAGACACCCUAAUAACAACGUAGGCACAUGAAACCUCAUAUAUAAUCGCUUCUUCUAAUCGGCGAUUUUUGAUCUAUUCCUGGACUACUCAGAAGAACAGAUUUUUCAAAUUAUUUAAUCGGGGAAUAGUAUCCCAACAAGUUGAACAUUUUCCAAAAGAUAACUCAGUUCUUUCAAACUAACAUUAGCCAGCUCCUGAACUGGAAGUUCCCUGGAGGGAUAUGACAAGACUCAGGAAAGAUAGCGAGCAAUGUAAAAGUUUAUUUUUCUCUCAUCAGAACAAUAAUUAUGAUGUUGCAUGAGACAUAAUUGAAUUUGUCUGUGCUGGGACAGCUUCGUUGGGUGCCCAGCACUCUUUCAGUUUUAAGAUUCGGGUUGAUUAUUAACAGAACUUGAUGCGAACCUUGGCGGAGGCACAGAGGUGUCACAGGAAAGCUCUGUUUAACUGACGCUUGGUUAAGAAUUUCUAGAUCUUCAUCUAGAAUCCGCAACGCCUUCAAUGCUAUAUUUAAUCAAUGAUUCUUUCCCAAUAUUCUGCAUCUCACCCGUUUUUUCCCAAUUAUAUGUCACCAACUAUGUACAUGUAAUUUGUUGUGUACGACCCCAACAAACUAAGCAACAAUAAUAUCAUGUUGAAUCUAUUGAUUUAAUCAGCUCCUUUGUUGUGAGAUGCAUCCUAUAAAUUCAUAGAUUUUCAAGUUUUGUCAGUCGCAAAAUUGCCUUUUUCAUUUCACAAGUUUCCUUAUUUUCAUGCUCUGUUAUUUUUAUGUAUGGAACGAUGCUCUCUCUAAAAUUUGUUAACACAUAGUUCGGUUUCUCAAUAAAAACUGGAAGGUUAGCUUAAGCUACAACGAAACAUGUAAAGUAAUAGUGUUAAUUUCAAAGCCAUAAGCGUAGAUGAUUGCUGAACUCUCAUACCGUUAAAUUGAUACUGUUUUCUAUGGAUUCGAUAUCGGAUUCCUCUGUAUCAUUCUCUCUUGUUACGGGUACUGCCCCAAGUUUUUCUUGUGUGUCUUAUCAUUAUUUUUUUUGUAAUUUUCUCAGAUAUCAUGGCUGAUUGUCCAUGAAUGCACUGUAUACACAUUUCAAAUUAUAUUUUAAUUAAUAAAGUGAAAAGAUUUGUCCAUGACGAA